AUGUCAGGGAACAAAGCUGGCAAUUGGCGAGACAAGCUACCGAAAGGGAAGCGUCGCUUGGACUUUGACGAUGAGCCUGCUCCACCGAAAAAAGCGCCACCAAAAACCCAAUCUGCAUCACAGUCAAAACAACCUUCGGGAGGGCUCAAUGUUGAAGUUCACCCUCUUCUACGAGACCUAGCAUCGGUGCCACAGGCACAAAAGGGCCCAGGAAAACGCAAGGCUCGAAGUGUUUUUGAUCCUGCGGCGUUGAAUCCAUACCUCAACCAGAGUGACGUGAGAGCACCCUUACACAGACCGAGGCCCCUCCAAUUGAAUCCUCAGGGAAAAUACAUUGCCCAGGGGGAACAGCUCAGAGAAAAGCUCAAAAAGGAGAAAGAGGAAGAGGAGCAUAGACGAAGACUUAGAGAAAAAAACCUACUUCCCGACGAAAGUAUUGGAGAACAUCUAUACCAGCGCCAGUUCCCUCCCCUCAUAGAAUGGUGGGACAGACCGUACCUUCAGACACGGCUGUAUGACGAUUUCAAGGGCGAAUUUGUGCUAGACAACGAGGAGGCGCCCGUUUCAAUUUAUAUCCAGCAUCCAAUGACCGUGCUGAACGAACGCCAUGAGGUGGAACCAGGGUUGUUCCUCACGAAGAAGGAACUCAAACGGAAAAGAAGAAAUGAGCGUCUUGCCCGACACCAGGAGAAACAGGAUCGUAUCAGACUUGGGCUUGACCCGCCACCGCCACCGAAAGUUAAGCUUUCUAACUUGAUGAACGUACUCACUAACGAGGCCAUCAAGGACCCUACAGGCGUGGAAAUGAAGGUGCGUCAGCAGGUGGAGGAACGGUACAAGCAGCACAUGAAAACGAACGAGGAGCGGCGUCUCACGCCCGAACAGCGGCACGAGAAAGCGAAGCAACGGCUCGAGCGGGACUUGGACCGAGGAAUCUUCACCACAGUGUAUCGGGUGGACUCUCUAGAUAAUAAGCAGCACCAGUUCAAGGUGGAUAUCAACGCCAAGCAGAUGGAGCUUCAUGGUGUGAUGCUCUUCAAUCCUAGAUUUAACUUGGUCAUUGUUGAGGGAGGAGAAAAGGCCAUCAAGUUUUACAAAAGGUUGAUGACCGCCAGAAUCGACUGGAACGUGAAGAGCCAGACAGAGGGUUCCCCAGAUUCGCAGCCAAUCCUGCAACCAUCCAAAAACUCAUGUACUAUAGUGUGGGAGGGCCAGAUCAAGCAGCUUUCCUUCAAAAAGUGGCUGCGAAUGUACACGUCUACAGACAAUGAAGCCAUUGACUUGCUAGCACGCUUUGGAGCUGACAAUUAUUGGCGGGAGGCAGCGGCAAUGUGA